UGCAUUAAAUUUUAAUGUGGCAUUGACUAAGUGACAAAUAUGCGGAAAGAUGUUGUGCAAAUCAAUGGAAUCUUUAGUUUCUGGAGAUUCUGCAAGUCAUGUUGUUAAAAUAAAACUGUAGUAGUUUUGAAGACAUUUUGUGAUGGCCAUAUACAUGCUUUAUUUAUUGAAAUCUAAAACGUGCAGAGUCAAAUUCGAUUUUGUUGUGGAAAUUGCUGCUAUGGUAUUAUCAAUAUUUUAAAAUUCUAUGAAUAAGAAAAUAUUUGAAGAAUUCCAAUAACAGAAGUUUGGUGGGAAUAGAAUUUUGGCAAGCUUAAACAAUCACUCUCUAUAUUUAUUUAAGUACAUUUUAUAGAAUAAGUAUAUUUUGGAGGUGCAUUUCGUUUACUUUAGAGUCCUCCUGUUUAGAUUUAUAGUAUUUGGUUUCUGUUAUUUGGUUUGAAGCAGAAAUCGUCGAGACUGAAAACAUUAUUAAUGGGUAGGAAUGGAUCAAAAGAAUGGGACUUAAGAUUGAGAUCAGGAAGCUCUUUGCUUGGUUUAGUUGUUAUAGCUUUGUUGGUGACAGCGGCAGAGUCGAGUUUGCAACAAGAAGCAUCAACUUUCAAUCAGACUCAACGUGAUGAUGCAUAUUUGCAGCCUGGAAACGGCGCUCAUUCAGAUUAUGAACAUGUCUGGCCGAAAAUGAAAAUUGGCUGGAAAAUUGUGGUGGGGGCAAUAAUCGGAUUCUUAGGAGCAGCGUUCGGGAGUGCAGGAGGUAUUGGUGGAGGUGGAAUAUAUGUUCCAAUGCUAACUCUGAUUAUUGGGUUCGAUGCGAAAUCAUCAAUAGCAUUAUCAAAAUGCAUGGUAACUGGCGCAGCAGCUUCAACAGUGUACUACAAUUUGAACCAGAGACAUCCUACUCUCGAAAUGCCGGUGAUUGACUAUGAUCUUGCUCUUCUGUUCCAACCAAUGUUGGUUCUUGGAGUCAGCAUCGGUGUUACUCUCAAUAUGAUUUUUGCUGAUUGGAUGAUCACAGUUCUGCUAAUUAUUAUCUUCAUUUUUAUGUCAACCAAGGCUUUUUUAAGGGGAAUUAAAACAUGGAAGAAAGAGACCAUAAAAAAGAAGGAGGCUGUCACGCCCUUGGGAAAUAAUAAUGCGGAAGUGGUGGUGACUCUGACACCUCCUCCUGAAAUCUUAAACAGUAGUAAUGCUCAUACCGAAUCCAAAGGUCCGAAAAAGAAAAAGGUGUCUCUGGUUGAAAAUAUUUACUGGAAGGCACUUGGACUUCUCAUUGUUAUCUGGUUGAUUAUCCUUGCUUUGCAGAUUGCUAAGAAUUACAUAAAAACCUGUACAGCGCCAUAUUGGGUGUUAGACAUUGCUCAGAUACCAGUUGCUGCAUCAUUAACUAUAUAUCAGGCGAUUAGACUGUAUAAAGGGCAGCGAAAGAUUGCGUCCAGAGGAGAAGCAGGGACGAAUUGGCGAGUACACAAGUUGAUACUUUGUUGUUGUUCAGGUUUAUUAGCUGGUAUUGUUGGAGGAUUGCUCGGUCUUGGCGGAGGUUUCAUUCUAGGUCCACUUUUUCUUGAGAUGGGAAUCCCUCCACAGGUCUCAAGUGCUACAGCUACCUUUGCAAUGACAUUCUCCGCAUCCAUGUCUGUCGUGGAAUAUUACCUUGUGAAACAAUUCCCAGUUCCAUAUGCUUUGUAUCUGUUUGGUGUGACCACCAUUGCUGGGUUGGUGGGGCAAUAUGUAGUGAAGAAAGUGAUUAAUAUGUUAGGAAGAGCUUCUAUAAUCAUCUUCAUUUUAGCUUUCACAAUCUUAGUCAGUGCAAUAGCAUUAGGUGGAACUGGAUUAGCAGACAUGAUCAAGAAGAUUCACAGAAAAGAGUAUAUGGGAUUUUAUGACAUUUGUCCAUCUGCGUAGUGUAGUGUAAUUCUGCUUAGUUCUUAGCAUUAACCCUAAGAAUAUGUUUGGUUCAUGAAAUUUUUAUUCUUGGCUUUGGUUAAAAAUUUAUACAAGGAUAUGUUUCAUAGAA